AUGCCAAAAAAGAGAGCUUCCAACGGUAGAAACAAGAAGGGAAGAGGUCACGUCAAGCCAGUCAGAUGUUUGAACUGUGCCAGAUGUGUUCCUAAGGAUAAGGCCAUCAAGAGAGUCACCAUCAGAAACAUGGUUGAAGCCGCCGCUGUCAGAGAUUUGUCUGAGGCUUCGGUCUACUCUGAGUACGCCGUGCCAAAGUUGUACAACAAGUUGCACUACUGUGUCUCCUGUGCCAUCCACGCCAGAAUUGUCAGAGUCAGAUCCAGAACCGACAGAAGAGUCAGAACUCCUCCUCAAAGGAAGAGAUUCAACACUGACAGAAAGGUCAACCCUGCUGAUGCCGCCAAGAAGGCUGCCUAA